UCUAAUUAAUUCCGAACCCUCUUUUGGAAUAGUACACUUAUUCAAAGGAACCAUUCCUUUCAAGUUGAACUUAAUAUUGAAAGACCGUCUAAUGUUCGAAUUAUUGUUGUUAAUUUUUCAAAAUUUAAUGGUCGGUCAUCCAUUCCUUUUUUUGGAGUUGGAGAUGGAUGAAUGUUUCCACUGCAACAAAAAGCACUAAAUAAAAUUAACUCAUUUCAGCUCGUCAACUUUUUAACUGAGUCACAACUUCAUCCUCCUAAGCACUUUUUUGGACACAAUCAAUCUUCAUCUUCAUUCAAACAACGCCAAAAAUAACUAAAAAAAAUUAAAAAAAAAAAAAGGACAAUUGAGCCAAAAUCAAAUAUAAUUUGAUACUCACUUGAAUUUCAUUCUGUAGAAAACAAAAUUCGAAAUUUGAGAUAAAAAAAAAUAAGGAAGAAAAAUUCAAUUCAAUUUUGGUAGUUUUGAAAACCCUAGAAAAUAAUCCUAAAUGUAAUAAUCAAAGAUGAUGAACAAUGGCAUUGGAAUGAUGUCGGCUUCAUCAUCAACAUCUGGAGGUGUAUCAUCAAUUAAUAAUAAUAAUACGCAAUCUUCUUUGAAGAAUUAUUUUAAAACUCCUGAAGGUCGUUACAAACUUCAGUAUGAAAAGUCUCAUCCUUCUUCAUUAAUCUCAUGGAAAUACCGUUUCCCAGAUGCCAAGGAUGGUCAUGAUUUGCUUAUCAGGCUGAAUUCAGGGGAUGUAUAUUCAGUGUCCCUAAGGCAACAGUUACAAGAUAUGGGGAAAAAGCUUGUUGGUACACAUCAUCAUAAUAAAGGUGCUCCUGUAAACGAGAGAUAUUGAUUCUAUUGAUAUAUCUCUUUGAAACAUGCUGUCUAAAUUAUCACUUAUACCAUUUUGAAUUAUAUACAUUGUACUAGAUAUAUAGAGAUAUAAGGUUCUACUCAUUAUUUUGACAAGAUAUAUUCAAUGCUCUAGUUUAGACAGUUAACUUACAGUGUGUUUGGCGACCUUAGUAAUGAAAACAACUAUAGAAAAUGGAUGGUAUGAACUGCUUAAACAAGAAUUCUUGAUCAAAUAACAAGUUGUAGAAAAGAAUCGAAUUGAGAUUACUACUACCCCCUUUUUGUAAUUAUAGCAACAAUAUGACUUUUGCACUAUUCGUAUGCUUACUUUGAUAAUUGAGGAUAAAAGGAAUGGUGUCCUUCGAACAAGUGUAUUAUUAUGAUAAAAGGUUCGGA